AAUCACGUGACAACUUCACAAGUCACCAUCUCAAAAUUGAUAGUUUACAGUAGUAACCAGGAAGUUCAGACGUGGAGUAUUACACGUACUGAGUGUCAUCGUGUAACGCCUUAAAAUGCUAUUUAAAUCCUCGUGGCACAGUCAAAACAGUAAAAUUGUCAGACAAACGUUAAUAUAUGAAGCAUGCUCUGCUAAAAGUGAAAAACAUUGCAGUACUAUUUUAACUUUUAAGUAUUGGAAGUAUUUCUCAAAAUGUCAACUUUAACUUUAGUUGCUUUAAAUUUAAACAAUCAGUCACAACAACAAACUUUACUACUCAGCGAUAGUGAUAUCAGUGAAACCCACCCACGUUCAAUCUCAUUUUCACCACAUGAAUAUGGAAGGAAAUUUGAAAAUAUAAUUGAAGAGGAUAUUUCACAGUUUUUGGAUUCUAUUCAACUACUACUUUUGAAGUACAGCAUGUAUAGCAGGUCAACAAGUUCAAAUUCUAGAGUAAGUUCAGGGGGCCUGCAGCAAUUCAUCAUAAGAAAAUUACAACAGAAAUUUGGACAAAGUUAUGGUGGCAGCUUAACACAAAGACUGAAAGCUCUGUAUACCAAGGAUGAGUCUGUAAUGACUUGUGUCAUCAGGGAUUCAGAUGACAAUAGCUUCUUUCAGUAUUUACCUGUAAGUUUUUCUAUUUAAAUUGUACAGUUAUAGUUCUAUGCCUAGCAUAGUUUAGCAUAUACUUUAUUUAUUUUUCUUAGAAGCUGGAAACCUAAAGAAUCAAAUGAAUAAAAAUUAUUAUUUUGGAAAAGUGUUAAAAAUUUUUGUUAACUUCAUAAUUUUGUUUUAAAAUUAAAUUUAGUUUAACCACUAGUUAGGUUAGAUAGCCUAAAUAUUUUGUUCAAUAUUUUUUUUCUCCAUGUAGGUUGAUUUAAAACUGCAAAUAUUUUCAUAUCUUGAUGCUCGAUCAUUAUGUUUGGCCUGCUGUGUUAAUCAAGAGUGGAGUCAGUUAACUUGUGAUAACCUUCUCUGGAAACAUUUGCUUCAACAAGACCUAACACGUUGGACACAAAUAUCUCAUAUGACAAAUCCAAAGAUGUAUCAAGAAGUGAACUCAGAGUGGUCCCAAAAAGAAAUGUAAUUGUUGUUAACUUUAAUUUUUUCCAGCAGUUCUAAGAUGUUUUGUAGAUGAAAUAAGGAAGCAUUGAGUCAAAUAAAUAGGAAAAUAUAAUAUAUGAUUUCAUUUAUUUCUAUUAUUUGGUGCAUUCAAAUAAUAUGGUAAAAUUUGAAUUUAAUAUUUGCAUUAUUUUAAAUAGUAAUUUAAUGAAUUAUGUUUUAUUUAUAACAUUUAUUAUUUAAAAAUGUAUAUGUGUAAUUUUUAUGAGGAUAUCAAACUUGAAUAUAUGCUGUAAGAACAAAAAUCAGAAUUGUGAUACCAAUUUAUGCUGCUUUAAUUUAUAUAAUUUAGGAGUUUUAAGUCAGUUAUAGCUUAUAAUAACCACUAGACUUAAACAGUUCUUUUUAAAAUAAAGUUUUUAUGAUCCUAAGAAAUUAAUAUUUUAUUUUUAUUCUUGCCAAAAUAUGGUUCCUUAAAUUUAUAUAUUGUUGGCAGAUACUUGAAAUGCUCUCCAGAGUUUCAAAAAAGUAUGCGUCAGUCAAAUUCAGCAUUUCAUCAAGUUUCUUCAAUGCUCAAAUAUUUUGUGCCCAAAAAAGUGCCAAAAGUUGCCAUGUUUGGACCAGGGCUUGAACAGUCCACAAGUGGUAUCGUGAGACAUAUGCUGUAUGAAGACAACACAAUUUUUAAUAGGAUUGCAAUGUUUCCAGGACAAUUUGAGGGUGAGAUCUUGGUAUUUAGUAAUAUCUUUGAAAUAAGUAAAGUAAAUUACAGUUUGAUUAAUAAAAGUUAUAUUAUAUUGUCAGCCCAUCAGUUUGAUUAAUAAAAGUUAUAUUAUAUUGUCAGCCCAUUAACACAACCUAACAUUUUCAAAAAAUAGCACAAAAUUUAAUUGUGACUAAUUGAGGAUUAUCUUCACACAUUAUUUUAAAAAAAAUAACUAUUCAUUUCAUUAUUUCAGAACAGUGUGCAACGUAAGACAAAAACUGUAAUAAAAAGAUCAUAGCACUUUGUAAUAUAACAACAUACACAUUUCAUUAAAAAUAGGAAAACAACUUCAGAUAGUCUGGAUUUCGACUGGAUCUUACUGUUACUGUUAUACAACCAUUUCAGGUGUUGGGGGUGGAAUGACCCUGAAAUUACCAAUGGGUCAUUCUUUGCAUCUAUCAGUUUUGUAUUCAGCCUCCAAGAAUGAAAGAGAGAAUAGAGGGGCACAGGAAAGAGUAGAAAAGAAUAAGAUGUUACAGGUAAAAUUUAAUUUAUAUUUUAUCUAAUUCGUAAGUAUAGAAUAUGUGUUUUUUUCAAGAACUUAAAUGUUAUUUUAUAGACAAUUAAUUAAUUUAUUGUGAAAUUGUUAAUUUUUUUUUAAAAAUCACAACCAUCUCAUGAGACUAAAAAUAGACUUUUAAUCCCCUCUUCAAACACAUUAAAAAUAAUUAUGGGUGUAAAAAAAAAAAGUUAAAUUUUAAAAAAUAUUUUUGUGUGACAUAGAUAUUCCAUUUUGAUAAGUGGUCUGUAUUCUAGACUUAACUGCAAAUGAGAAUUCAAGAUUUUCUAAUAAUUGAGGAGUGAAACUAUGUUAAAUAAAACCACUUCUUUCCGUCAUUUCUUAGAAACACGCUGGGCAGGUAGUAGCUGUAGGGGAGGAACCACAGUAUGAACUGAAAACACAGAUCAAACAUUUGUGUCAAGUUUUAGAUGGCUUCAUCUUUGUUGUAGAUGCAUCAGAAUCAAGUAAAUCAGGUAAUUUGUAUAUAGCUUUGCAUACUUUAAAAAAAUCUAUUGGUGCAUUUAAACAAUAGUAGCUUAUAUUAAAAUUGAGUAGGUUUAAAAGCUGUAUUAUAGCGCAUUAAAAUCAAGAUCGGUUGAAAUUAUUACAGCUCUCAGAAGUAAAUAGCUACAUUCACUCUUUUUCAAAAACAUUUUUUCAAAUCUUCUCUUAAGAAUUAAUGAGCAUUUAUUGGUUGUCAAAAUAUUUUGUAAUGAUUUAUCAAGAAAGUCUAAUUUUCAAUUAAAAAAAUUAUAACCCAACUUUAUAACUUUUAUUCAUUCAGUUGAAAGUGGGCGUUGUGAACUGAUGGCCAUGGUUAAAGAGAGGCGUACAGCUCCACAUGUACCAUUGCUGGUGUUGUCUUGCAUAAAAGAAGAAGGUUGCCAGCGAAUGCCAGCAAAAGACAUAGUUGAGCUUCUUCAUCUUUCCACCCUUUCUCAACCUUGGCUGGUUUGUUUACAUUUUCUUCUAUUUAUAUGACCUUCAUGAUAAGCAUGUAUUUGGUUUAUUUUAGAAUCAAAAAGCCAUCUGUAAGAAUGAGAUAAAUUCUAUGCAUUAUUUUAAAAAAUAAAUAUUUGUUGACCUUUGACCCAGGUUUAUAAGCUCUAAAUCUCAAGUAAAGUAUUUAAAAGUGUGAGUCAUGAGUGGGAUCUGAUUUAAUUUUUUUUUUUUCCAUCUAAUUUUCAGGUUAUUGACUGUGUUGCUGACAAACUUGAUUCAAUAGUAGCUGGAAUAGUUUGGCUCAUUGAUCAGUCACAAUUUAGAUGACCUAUUAGGACAGUUUAGGAUGUUUUACUUUCUUGCUCAUUUCUACGAUGGGAUAUACAACUUAAUAAUUAAUCAUUACAGAUGAAAUCACAAACCCUCUAGUUUUCCCUCUUAAGAAAAAAAAUUAUAAGCAUUGGUGGUGAUUUCAUAGGACGGUCAGAAAAUACAAUAAACAGCCAUUACUAUUUUUGCACAUGAAAUCUAAUGGUUUACAUUGCAUAACUUUUCAUCUCUCAAAAUGCUGACGAUCUUGCAUUUUCAGCAGAGCAAAUUUUAAAAGAAAAAGAUAUCUGUUAGCUAGAAUAAUAGUUUUAAUAAAGUCAGAUACUAUAUCAGAUACCAAAUUGAUGAUGAUUUUUAUUUUGCAACAGAUCAGAUAUUUGCUGUAUAAUUGUACAAUUAUUUAUGGGCUUGAAAAUUUUAAAUAAGUAAGUGAUUAGCAUUUGGGUAAUUUUUUUCACAAGCAGUUUCUACUUUAUAUUUAAGAGAAAGUGAUUUUAAUUGAAUAUAUCCUUGUAAUUUAUUUUACUUUAAUUCACUUUUUCAUACAAUAUAACAUCAUCAAAUUGCAGCACUAUCAACACAAUUAAAGCAAUUUUAGUUUGCUAGCAGUAAUUAUUUGCAAAGAUCUCUUGACUUGUCAGAAAUGAUUUGGAUAUUCAGAAUUUAUUUACUUGAAUUAUAAAUGACAGAAAAAAGUGUUUUACAAUGUAUAUGUUUACUUCCACUGCUGAUCAUGAUGAGGAAGAAGAAUAGCAAACCAAAUGUUAAAAAAAGAUGUAAUUACACAUCAUUUUGAUUUAAAUGUUAAAAAGAAAUUACUGUCACUUGGAAGUCAAAGUGCUCGUCAAUGAAAUAUAUUUUGCUGUUUAAUGUUUGAUAAAUAUUCAAAAUAUAUUUAUUUGAAACUACCUCAUUUAAGAUAUUUAUUAAUUAACAAAAUAAUAAAUGUUAACCUUUAAUAAUGAUUAGCCAAUAGUCAAAUUCAAAGUUUUCGACAUUGCCUUCAUUAAUGGAACAAAAAACAUUACAAUAAUUAAUUAUUUACAUAAUAUAUAUCACACAAACAAGAAAGAAAAGAAUAAGAUUAAGAAUGGGCAAAAGUCCCAAAUGAAAACAAAGAUAAGAAGAACAGAAAGAAAGUGAGUGACAGUACAAUAUAAAAUCCAAACAGGAAAGAGACAUUGCAGAUACCUAUGUAAAAGUGUGAAUUUGGUUUAUACCAUAUGGAGUCAACAUACAAAUGUAGUUAUUAAUUUGUUUCCAUAUAAAUUCUAUCAGGUGUAUUUUUAAAGCAAUGUACAAUAUUCCAUCAUGGUUAGCACUGUUGAAAUGUUUAGAAAUGGGACAGAGUGUAUUGAUGUUGUACAGAUGCUCUCUAAAAUGGUCUCCUAGGCAAUGACCUGUCUACCCUCUGUAUGAUUUUCCGCACUCUUUACAAAGGAUGAUUUUUUAUUCUGAAUAUUUUGAGAGGGAAAGUGACUUAUCAACAUCAAUCACCUAGGAACAUGUGUUACAGUGACUAAGGUUGCAGCUUUUGGUGCCCAUAUGUGCUGCUAUUUCCUGGGCAAUUGUGUGAAGAUGACCAGUUUCAGAAAUUAAUUUUGAUAUUUCGUAAUAGCCAUUGAAAGGUUUUAAGAUUCAAACGCACUGGUAGUUUAAAUUCUCUCAUUUUAUUUAUGAAUAAAUCAUCUGGCUCAUUAAUGCAUUCUAGGAUGUUUUAUUACACAUUUAGCGUUUAUCGGUUUUCAAAUUAAACACAAUCAGUAAUCAAAAAAGAAAAAGUACCCCCCCCCCCCUUUUUUUUCUCUCUCUCUCUGAACACUUUAUGUAAGUGAGCUGGCAGGGCGUGGGUGACAAAAACAAACCACAAAACAUGACCAUUUGAGAAACGCUACCAAUAUUUUAUGAACAUGUAUUCAGAAAGACCUUGAGUUUUAUUUUAAAUUCAUGGUCUUACUACACUUAUAAAUAUAUGUGUACUUUGAUCUGAUCUCUUUCAAAAACAAAUGUUUCUGUUUGUGCCUUUGGUUUAUUAACGUUUGUAAAAAUAAAUGCUUG